GCUGCUUAGAUUGAAAUGCAGAACUCAAGCCUCUUUCAUCGGGGCACAGACUUCCUUUUACUCCUUCCUUUUGCACUCUCGCCGCCUCCUCCCGGGGAGAAGCGGAGGCACCAGCGGCCCGGGGGAGCGACACACCGGGCCACUGAGGCCACGCGAAAAGUUUCUUUCUGGGAGUGCGGAACUGGGGCCCGGCUGGUGUACUGCUCGGAGCAAUGGAGCCAGCCUUCGGGGAGGUGAACCAGCUGGGAGGAGUAUUCGUGAACGGGAGGCCGCUGCCCAACGCCAUCCGGCUUCGCAUAGUGGAGCUGGCCCAACUGGGCAUCCGACCGUGUGACAUCAGCCGCCAGCUACGGGUCUCGCACGGCUGCGUCAGCAAGAUCCUGGCGCGCUACAAUGAGACAGGCUCGAUCUUGCCAGGGGCCAUUGGGGGCAGCAAGCCUCGGGUCACAACCCCCACUGUGGUUAAGCACAUCCGGACCUACAAGCAGAGGGACCCCGGCAUCUUCGCCUGGGAGAUACGGGACCGCCUACUGGCGGACGGCGUGUGUGACAAGUACAACGUGCCCUCGGUGAGCUCUAUCAGCCGCAUCCUGCGCAACAAGAUCGGCAAUUUGGCCCAACAGGGCCAUUACGACUCAUACAAGCAGCACCAGCCGGCGCCGCAGCCGGCGCUGCCCUAUAACCACAUCUACUCGUACCCCAGCCCCAUCACAGCGGCCGCGGCUAAGGUGCCCACGCCGCCCGGCGUGCCCGCCAUCCCCGGCUCAGUGGCCAUGCCGCGCACCUGGCCCUCCUCCCACUCCGUCACCGACAUCCUGGGCAUUCGCUCCAUCACCGACCAAGGAGUGAGCGACAGCUCCCCCUACCACAGCCCCAAGGUGGAGGAGUGGAGCAGCCUGGGCCGCAGCAACUUCCCCGCCGCCGCCCCGCACGCGGUGAACGGGCUGGAGAAGGGGGCCUUGGAGCAGGAAGCCAAGUACGCUCAGGCACCAAAUGGUCUCCCAGCUGUAAGCAGUUUUGUGUCAGCAUCCAGCAUGGCUCCUUAUCCUACCCCAGCCCAAGUGUCGCCUUACAUGACCUACAGCGCUGCUCCUUCUGGUUAUGUUGCUGGACACGGGUGGCAACAUGCCAGUGGCACCCCACUUUCUCCCCACAACUGUGACAUUCCCGCGUCGCUGGCGUUCAAGGGAAUGCAGGCAGCCCGAGAAGGUAGCCACUCUGUCACGGCUUCUGCACUCUGAUGGGAGAUUACGUCUGCCGCAGCUUCACCCGAGUCCCCCCGCCCCAUCUCGGCACACGCUCCCCUUCUUCCCUGGUCUCAGAUCCCACCCCUCUGCCCUCCAACCCUCCUGCCUCGAAAGCUGGCUUUACGGACUCACAUCCUCUGUGCUGAUGACCCUUAAAUAUCUCUUACCGUAACUUCUCUCUCACAGAACACCUGACAUGACUGUAGGAGUUAAAAACAAAAGCAAUGUUAAGGACUGAACGAGACGUUUGUGUUGGCCACACACUGUUUUAACGUAGUGAAGAAACCUGCACCCCUCAAAGGGCUUAAGGAACUUUUAAAACUAGUCUUUGGUGAAACCACAUGUGUAUAUUUAUUCUAAAUCAACCUGAACUUCUGAAACGUGCAAUUGUUGAGAUUUUGCAAAAUCAAUAAAAGAAAAUAGGUAUAGAAAAAGUUAUGCUACGCCCUCUAAUCAAAUAAGGUAACAAAAUAAUCCUUAAUUCCUCAUUAGGAAACCAAUCAAUAAUUGACUUGAGUGAUCCGUAGUUUAUUUUUAACAGAUGGCAUAUUUUGUUGGAAAAUAUAUGUAUAACUUAAGCAAUAUCUGAAUUUAGCUCCUCCUGGUGUUUUGACUUGGUUCCAAAUACAAUAAUGUUUAUACUUUCUAUUAGUUUGUAAAUAUGGACUCUGGUGCAUUUGUGUUUUCAUUCCAUGGGAUAGGCCCCUCCUCUGCCCCCACCCCUCUCUAUUUUUUUCCUUUCUUUUUGCAAAGGUGACUUUCCGGCAAUGUCUUUGUCUCUGUUUGGUGGUGGGCUGCUCAGGCUCCUGGACCUGGACUUGCCCCAGAUUUUGUGUGUGCA